GAGGUGGUGUGAGUUAUUGCACCUCGGGCCGGGUCAUAGGCUAAUAUUAGUACUUUCAGUACUUUGAUUUUAGUUUUUUUUAAUUAAUGUCGUAAAUUGUUCUUGAUUGUGACAAAUAAUAUUUUUAAGCUAUAUAAUCAUAAAAUUCAUAUUUAAUAUUCAUAUUCUAAUGGCAGAAACAUCCCCUAUACUUACGAUUUUGUCUUCUUUUAUUUAUCAUCACAUGUAAACUUUACGACAAAUACGCUGUACCUAUUUACGGUAUCAACAUGUGAAAAGUCGAGAAAUUAGGUCCGUUUUCAAUUACUUCUGAAUUUCUGUAAUUUUAUAAUGGGUCUUCGUUUUUCCAAGCUAAAGAGGGCCAUAAUUACGGAGCACCUGCUGUUGACUAAUGUCCUGACCACGGGCGGAUUAAUGGGUUUAGGAGAUGUCAUCACACAGAACCUGGAAAUAAGAAUGGACAAGGAGGGCAAACAGAAAUAUAGUUUACAACGGACAGAGCGGAUGCUUGCAGUUGGUCUUGCUUUGGGUCCAUUUGGACAUUUGUGGUAUAGCAAGAUAGUGGAUAAAUUAGUCCCAGGGGUCGUGAGUACUCGCACAGCGGUCAAGAAAAUUCUUGCUGAUCAGGUUGUGGCUGGUCCUUUCUUCUGUAGUGCCUUCUUCUUUGGUAUGGGAUUACUAGAAGGAAAAGGAAAUCAGGGUGCUAUAGCGGAAGUGAAGGAGAAGUUUCUACCAGUCUACAUGCUUGACUGGUGUGUAUGGCCCCCUCUUCAGUUUAUCAACUUCCGAUUUCUGCCUAUGGAAUAUCGUGUUAUAUAUGUAGCAUGUAUAACGCUAUGCUGGAACACAUUUUUAUCGUAUUAUAAACACAUGGUAAGAAUUUCUUUAUGCUACAAAUUAACAAAUUAUAAUUAUAUUUCAUUUUCAUUAAAAAUUGUCCAAAUCAUUAAAAGUUAAAAAUGGUGUUUUCUUUGUUUUUGAGAAGACUUUUCUUUAGUGACACGAGAUAUGUUUGUGGAGUAUUGAGAUAUGUUGUGGAGCAUUGAGAUAUGUAGUGGAUUAUUGAGAUAUGUUGUGGAGUAUUGAGAUAUGUUGUGGAGUAUUGAGAUAUGUUUGUGGAGUAUUGAGAUAUGUUGUGGAGUAUUGAGAUAUGUUGUGGAAUAUUGAAAUAUGUUGUGGAGUAUUGAGAUAUGUUGUGGAUUAUUGAGAUAUGUAGUUAGUAUUGAGAUAUGUUGUGAAGUAUUGAGAUAUGUUGUGAAGUAUUGAGAUAUUGAGAGAUGUUGUGAAGUAUUGAGAGAUGUUGUGAAGUAUUGAGAUAUUUUGUGAAGUAUUGAGAUAUUUUUGUGGAGUAUUAAGAUGUGUUUGUGGAGUAUUGAGAUAUGUUGUGGAGUUUUGAGAUAUGUUGUGAAGUAUUGAGAUAAGUUGUGGAGUAUUGAGAUAUGCUGUUAAGUAUUGAGAUAUGUUGUGGAGUAUUGAGAUAUGUUUGUGGAGUAUUGAGAUAUGUUUGUGGAGUAUUGAGAUAUGUUUGUGGAGUAUUGAAAUAUGUUUGUGGAGUAUUGAGAUGUGUUGUGGAGUAUUGAGAUAAGUUGUGGAGUAUUGAGAUAUGUUGUAGAGUUUUGAGAUAUGUUGUGGAGUAUUGAGAUAUGUUGUGGAGUUUUGAGAUAUGUUGUGAAGUAUUGAGAUAAGUUGUGGAAUAUUGAGAUAUGUUGUUAAGUAUUGAGAUAAGUUGUAGAGUACUGAGAUGUGUUGUGGAGUAUGGAGAUGUGUUGUGGAGUAUUGAGAUGUGUUGUGGAGUAUUGAGAUAAGUUGUGGAGUAUUGAGAUAUGUUGUGGGAUAUUGAGAUAAGUUGUGGAGUAUUGAGAUAUGUUGUGGAGUAUUGAGAUAUGUUGUGGAGUAUUGAGAUAUGUUGUGGAGUAUUGAGAUAUGUUUGUGGAGUAUUGAAAUAAGUUGUGGAGUAUUGAGAUAUGUUGUGGAUUAUUGAGAUAAGUUGUGGAGCAUUGAGAUAUGUUGUAGAGUAUUGAGAUAUGUUGUGGCGUAUUAUUGAAUAAGUAACACAUUUAUUUUAGGAUUCACAUCAACAUCAGGAAAUUCCAGAGCAAACUAAAAGCUGAUGUUCAGAGACACUAGAGGAAGAAAUCUGUGUGAUGGUGUUCAUGUGAUAUUUAUUCAAGUGAACAAUGUUAUGUAUAUCUAAACAGUAAUUAAGGAUGAUUGUUGUGUAUCAGAACUUUAUAUUCCUUAAUGAAUACUCAUGAUGUACAUGCCUUUUUAUAAACAUUUAUUUAUCUGGUUUUUUUCUUUUUUAUGAUUGAAUUGUCAUCAUAUUGAAUUAAGUAUUUUAUUUAUUAAAUAAAUUUAUAUUAAAAAAG